UUCUAAAAUAUCUCCAUAACACUUGUCUACUAUAUAAGCACAACCCACAAAGCCUAAUGUCAUCACAUUCUUUUAGGAGGGAAAAAAUGGCAUUGAUCAUAUUCCUUGCUAUGUCUCUUCUCCUCCAUGGAGCUCUUGGGGAGCUUGCAUGUGAGCAAUUGCCAGUUGAGCUUUGCUCAUACUCAAUUGCUUCUUCUGGGAAGCGAUGCUUAUUAGAGAAUUUUCCAACAAAAGAUGGGAAGGUUGAAUACCAAUGCAAGACAUCAGAAGUGGUAGUUGAUAUAAUGCAGGAAUGGAUUGAGAGUGAUGAAUGUGUUAGUGCAUGUGGACUUAAUAGAAAUACUAUUGGUAUCUCAUCAGACAAUUUUCAUCAGCCUCAGUUUUUGGCUAAACUUUGCUCAGAUGAUUGUUAUAAAGCUUGCCCCAACAUUGUUGAUCUUUACUUCAAUUUGGCCUUGGGAGAAGGAGCUUACUUGCCUAAUCUCUGUGACAAUCCUCGCCGGGCCUUGUCGGCGACUAGUAGUUCUGGUCAUGCAGUAACUAAUCUGCACUCCGGCGGAGUUUCGCCAGCUGCUUCUCCCAUCUCUGGUGACGUGGACCCAGCUUGUGCUCCUCCUUCCAUUUGAUCAUGUAUCACAAGGAGUGAAAGUAUAUGUUCUUCCACUAUUAUGCUACAAUUACUUAGAAAAUUCUGUCUGAAAAAUGAAAGCAUGGUACAAUACAUUGUUACAUCCUGAUUUAUGUAAAUUAAUUAAAAUGACUGAAAAUAGACAAUUAUGAAGGAAAGAGUUAUCUGCUUCUUAAUCAUCAUCAUGAUUUUUCUUUUUUCAAAAGCUCUUGUGAUCCUUAUUUGUCAAAAUAGAAUAAGGGGUAAGCCUAGGAUUACACCACAGAAAUUGGAGAAAAUAUGAGGGACUCAAACUCACCGCUCAGCUUUAUUUGAGUAUCGUCCAGUGCCGACAAAAAAGAGUGGCCAGCUGAGACUAAUAGAAACUGGACAAAUUUUGUUAUGAGUGACCAACUCAAGUACAAGUGUUGUCCUUUUUCAGGCACUCUUUUCCUCUCCUCUCAUUUUUAUGCAAUUGCACUUCCCACCAAAAUUAACCACACAACUCCUCAGAAUCCUUCUGCAUUAUAUCCCCACCAUAUCCAUCUUUGAAGGGAUCCACUUUUGUUAUCUUUUAAUGCAUUUACUUGAACAUUUGCCUUAAUAUCUUAGUAAAAGACUGGUUAUUCCAUUGAUACCAGCAGAACAAUUGAGAAAUAUUAAGUCAAUGAGUUAUUAUAAUUAUAGUUUAUUUAUUAGUUUGUACGUAUCUAUUGAAAAAUAGAAGAACGAGGGUGUAGCAUUGGGACCACCAUGCAACCGGCCUCGAGAUGUGAAAAUGGCUGGUCAAUUAAGGAGUAAAAGUUGUUAAACUAGCAGUCUUGUAUCUCAAAGAAACUAUGGUGAUAUGUGCAUUGCAUCAUCUUCAUCCUGUGUUCCAAAUUAAUCCAAAAAUGAAGCUUAAAGAAGAUGUUCAAAAGCUUAAUACCAGAUGUAAGUCAUUUCCUUUGUACAUGGUAAACAAUGGAAAUGAUAUGUGAUCUGUCCCUAGUUCUAGGCCAGGAGGUAGGAAUAGGACACGGGUCUUGUUGCCGGGUCACAAACCAGCAACAAGAUAAGGGAAACAGUAAAAUUAAUCAGUCUUUUUGAAAGUUGAUGUUUCUUUUAUUGGGAGAUUUUUUUUCUAUAGAAAAUAUUGAGAACAAAGAUAGAAAAUUUAGAAAUGGGUAAGGGUUUGAAGAUUUGAGAAUGAAAAAGAUAAAAACUUCAGUUUCAAAUACAGCAGUUGCAUAUCAUUCUGCUCUGCACCAACACUGCUCCACACUGACACAUUGAUAUUGAGACGGUGAUUUUUUUUUCUUUGAUGAAGUUUAAAUAAACGAACACCACCAGCUAUUCUCCCUUACUCUCCUAUUUCACAGUAUCCCCCCCUCCUCCUCCACCAUAGGUCCAAAACUCCAUACCUCUCCGUGUGUCUUUGAGGGUGCAUGUGACUUACAAUUAUACUCUAACCGAAGCAAAUGUCUUAAACCCUUCAAAACUCCAAGCUCUGAUAUUGUUUCAUCAAUCUUUUCCUUCUGGGUAUAGCAAAAUGGCAAUGGCACACACUUCCCAUUUUGACACAGACCACCAUUUGAGCCGUAGCAGCAGUGAUAUGUCAUUAUCUGGAGAGAUUGGUGCCCACAGGGACUCUUCAGUUUCAGAUUGCUUGUCAGAGGUAGAUUUGGAGAGUGGCGUUCUGGAGGGGAAGCUGAAUUUGGAUGAUAAAACUGAUAGAGAUUGCAGAAUUUGCCAUUUGGGUUUCGAGAGUAAUGUGCUAGAGAAUGGGGCAGCAAUUGAGCUGGGGUGUUCCUGUAAGGGAGAUUUGGGCGCAGCUCAUAAGAAGUGUGCAGAGACUUGGUUCAAGAUCAAGGGUAACAUGAUAUGCGAGAUAUGUGGUUUCACUGCAGUCAAUCUUGCUGGUGAACAAGCAAAUGCAGGACAGAGUAUUUCAGCUGCUGUCUCAUUAGCACCAACAGCACCUCUGAUGCUGGUGGAAACUCGAACAUUCUGGCAUAGCCGACGCAUUAUGAAUUUCUUGCUUGGCUGCAUGGUCUUUGCAUUUGUCAUUUCUUGGCUCUUCCACUUUAAAGUCCUUUAAUGAGUAAUUUCAAGCGAAAUGAGCCCAAGAGAUAAAGUGUACUCCCCAACUCUCAAGUAGUCAACUGGUUUUUAGGUACCUAUCCUUGCAUAUCUUCAUUAGAAGAAGUGCCACAUUAGCAUGUUGCCAUGUGUCUUGUAAAUGUGUAUGUUGUAUCAAAUGUUAUGCAUAAAUUCUGGUUUCUCCUAUGUAGAAUUGUUUG